AUGGAGGCGAGAUGUGCUGUUGUUGAGACUUGGGCUGAGUUCGGAUGUCCUUCGCCGGGUACAGCUGCUAAAGUGAUCUGGUCUGGGGAAGAUGUGUUGAUUUGUACUGGGAGCGACGAGGUGUCCGUCUUCAACACACAAAAGCUGAAACUGACGGUAAGGCUGAAUCUCAAACCAAACACUUCGCCCACUUCAAUAAAGAACAACAGGAACUGAUUAGUGAUGAACAGUGAACACACAGGUGAAUAACAGGUGAACUGAUUAUUGAUGAACACUCAGGUGAGUAGCAGGUAAUACAAUGACAAGGAACUGAUUAUUGAUAAACACUGAGAUGAAUAGAGGCAGGUGAUACAAUUACAAGGAACUGAUUAUUUGUGAACAGGUGAACCGAUUAUUGAUUAACACUGAAGUUGUAGUAACAGGGUCUAUUUGAACUUGGCUGUCAACUAUAUGUGAUAUUCUUCAUGGACAAGAAACACUCCUCUUUUGUUGAUUAUUGUCUGUUAUUCCAGGCUGUCCUUCAGUUCCUGAGUCCAGUGUGUCACGUGGUACUGAGUGAGGACAAGCAGUCCAUCUAUGCUGUCUGUGAGAGUGAUGGGGUAUACUGUGUCAGUCUACCAACUCUGAACCCCAGGUAUGAACCUCUUCAUUUGAACUACUGAGACUGACCAUGCAAAAAUUAAAUGUAUAUUUGAUUACCCUCUCCCCCUUGUCCUGUCUCACCAGGUCUCCCACUCCACCAGCUGACCAAUUCCCUGGCCCUGCUCUGUUCAAGGUGUCGUCUAAUUCGCUGGCAGCCAGAGACGAGGGGGUGUGUUCUCUGAUUGAGGUGGGAGGGUCCGGAGGGACCUUGGUGACCGUCUCCCUGGGAGACGCAGCCUGGUGGUUUACUCUCUAUAAAGCAGCUGACCACCAGAAACUGACUCAGUUAAGUCUACCUGUCGUUUCAGUUGGUCACCAUGUCGAAUCCGAGGAAAAUGGCGGCACAGGACUGGUCAUGCGACCUGUGUUAGCUUGCGUUUACAGCAGUGAUGCACCACCCUCGUCAUCAUCUUCAUCAUCCUCAACAACAACAAAACUACCACCUUUGUCAUCAUCAUCCUCACUAGGUGUCGAACAUUUUCUCCUGGAGCCUCUCCUCUUCAAGCUCCUCUUCGGCGUCGAUGCUGCCCUCAUCAACUCCCCCAUGAUCCUUUGCGGCCUGCCUGAUGGGCGUCUCUGCUCCCUCCCCUUACUUUUCCCGGGACCACCAGGCCCCCGCGUUAGAGUUCUACACAGUCUGGAGCAGCCAAUCACGUUUAUCGGAACCACGACCAGGACAAAUGAUGGUCCACAGUGUUUGGUGGCAGUAGGCCGAUGGGGGAGGGUGGUGCUGGUCAGGACCUGUGAAGGGGGGCCAGAGGAGGGGGGCAAGGUAGCAGCCUUAACGGAGGGGUGUGUGUCGGGGCCUGUGGUGUGUGUGUGUGCAGGCAGGGAGGGCUUGUACUACAGCACAGGCUCAGAUCUUCUAGCCCUGGAUCUCCCAGGGGUGCGAGAGGGAGCUCCAAGCCCAGGAGAGAGCCUGGUGGUGGGCCACGGGGAGAGGCAAGUCCAGGGACAGGCCAUGGUGAGACCCAGGGAGUCUGCUGCCCUACAGAGUCCUGUCAGCCUGAAUGUCUGCAGGGUCAUUGCCCUGGCUGGGCCCUCACACAAUGCCUCAGGUAAGGUGUGUGUGUGUGUGUUCAGCUCAACCAAUAUUUUCUGCGACCGAUUUUUGUUAUCAAGUUUAUUUUCUUACUGAUCAUGUUUGUGUAUGUGUUACAGGCAUAGUGCAGCUGGUGGCGUUGUCUCUCCGAGGGAGGCUCCAGCGGUUGACCCUGCCUAAGGGGACAGAGGGAGGGGGCGUACCCAGGCUCCCCUUAUCACAGGUGGGACAGAGAGUCAGGGACCUCCUUGCAGCCAUCGGAGAUGUGUGUGAGAGGUGAGGAGGCAUGCAGUAGAUUUAAUGGUAGAUCUAACACAAGUUUUAUUCAAGAUGAAUAGUACUUAUUUUACAUGUUAAUUUACAUGUGCUCUUGCUUGUCCCUUAGAGCCUCUGUAUUGAAAAGCACCAUCCAGUCCAAAACCCACUCCCUCAGACACCUGAAUCAGGUGCUCAAUGUCUGUUGCCUACUGCUAGCCAAUCAGAACAGUGGAGAGCAGCUUCGGGUCAGCAAGAAGCCAAUCAGGUGUCACAUUGUUGCCAAGUGGAGCCGCCUGCUACAGAGAGACUCCCUGAAUCUGACCUGUGUUCUGGACAAUUCUAGUCCUUACGUUUUAGAACAGAACUGGACGUUCUGUGUGCGAGUUCUACCAUUAUCCUACCCUCUUACUGCAGGGGUGGAGAACACCUCUCGAACAUUCUCAUUUCCAUUCCAGAAACUAGAGCCGGGUGGGAGAAUGAAAGUGUCGUUGCCCCUAACAACGGCGGGGGACACGUCUUUCCCUGUGACGGUUAGCUGCUCGCUCACCUACUCCCUGCAAAGCCUGCUGGGGCCUGAAGAGCUGUCCCGCCUCCUGGCCAAUGGGGAGCCGGCAUCUCGUCUGGGAUUGGAGGGUGGAUGGGUCAGUCUGGCCCUGGACACGCUGAUAGUGGAUUGGCUGGACACUCUGCAGGUGACCGGGACCACGGCCCCUCACAGGGACCCCAACAGACCCUCCGUUUCCCUGGAUACCGUCUCGAUGGAUAUCGUCGAGGCCUUCCUGAGCACCCGUAGGAUCAUGGGUUCUGGGAGGGGGGAUGGAGAAGGCGGAGGAGAGGGGACGGUAGCGUCUGAUGGGGGGCUGUUUUCAGCAAGCAUCAAGGUCUCAACAGAACUACUGAGAGUGACACUAGGACUGGAGCCACCAGGCUCCGCAGGCCCCCAGGUGCCAAAGGGCCCUUCUCAGGGUGUGUGUGACUCUGUGCUGAGCUGGCUGCUGUCUCAGGUGCCUGGAGGAGAGGACUGGAGGAGCAGAGGGGACAAGGGAGGACAGGAAAGCUCUGUGGUCUACGCCCGGUGUCUAGGGCGACACACUGUCAAACUCACAGCCAAAGAGGUGUGUGGGAUAUGUAAUAAUAUUUUUACAUAUCAUGAAAACAUGAUUGUAUUGAUACUGGGUGUAUCAGUUGUGGUUCUUUGUAGCUCAGUUGGUAGAGCAUGGCGCUUGUAACGGCAGGGUAGUGGGUUCGAUUCCCGGGACGAGCCAUACAUAAAAUGUAUGCAUGCAUGACUAAGUCCCUUUGGAUAAUAAAAAAAAAGGUGUAUUAUUAUAGUUGUAUCGAUUGUUAUCCUUUUAGACUCACUUUAAAUUCAUGUUUAACUUUCCUGGGAGACUAUUAUAUGAGGUAUAUGUGUUGAGAAUGACUGUACCUGUAUGUUGUUGACCAGGUAACCGUAGGGGACACCAGUGUGAAGGAGGUUAAGGAGGCUGUGGAGGUGCAGGUGCAGUGCUCUUCCAUGGCAGCCGUGUGUGGAUUACACCAUGCUGUGUUAUGCCGUGUACAGGUAGGGAUUCCCAAAAUGUGCCAUAAACAUUUGAGCUUGUCUGCUACUUCAUCCUCUCCUCCCUAACCUACCUGUGUGUUGAAAGGUUCUGCUCCAGGGUGCUGCUGGCACACAGGAGUCCUCUAUGGGAGUCCAGGAACUGGGCUUGAGACAGGCCCUAGAGCGGGCACAGGUGAGACCAGACUAACAAACUUUUGGGGCCUCUACACACCUGGUAACAUAAUGGUUGAAAGAAAUCCACAAACACACAAAGAAAGGGACAAUCUGUGGUCUUUUCUAAACUUUUCCUCUGUGUGUUUAUAGCCUUACCUCUUCCUCCUCUUCUUUAUCUUCCUCCUCCUCCCCCCUGCCAGGCCCUAUCUGAGCUUCUCCAGGAGGCUCGUAUCGCAGAAGCCAUUGGACUGGGGAUGACCACGGGACAGACCACCAAGACAUUGUUCAGCAUUUACAGGCAACUCAGAGAGAACCCCCUCCUCAUCCUCUGA